UGCAUCCAUUGGUCUAGCUUCUAUAGCACUGAUUUUCUCUUAUGGAUUUUCUCGUUAUGGUGCUUCUUGGGGAAGAAAAGGUCAUUAGGGCUAAUGGUGAUGCAGUGGGUGCAUCAUCCACCCGGAGGCGACCUAGGGACAGCUGAUACUUGGAUUGAGGGCGAUCCUGUAAGCUUGAUACAGACUGUGGAUCUAUUGAUCGCCCCGUUCAUUCGGUUUGCCUCAAAUUGGUCCCAGACCGUCUCCGAUGCAUGUUUAAAAUGCCUUCUCUCGUGCCCUGUCUCUGACUCGUCGUGAGUACUUCUAUGUGCCUUGCACCUUUCUCACCUGCUGUGUCAGAGCGAGCUUCUGAAGGUCUUAUUGUCUAAACCAUUGGUCAUCUUGACUUGUCACCAUCCCCUCGAUUGUUUCACAGCCAUGGCUCAUACUCCGGUAUCAAUGGAUGCGCCGUUAGACGGGCUGGCCUGUCUGCACUUUGCUUUGAUCUAUAUCGAUGACAGCGGUAAAUUGCGCUUCGAAGCAUCACCUUCGAUUGCGGAUAGCUGCCAUUCAAUCUUGUCGCCAAACGUGACCGAGAGCUUUCUACGAGCCGUGGCCUUGUCUGGGAAGGACGAGUCGAAUAAACUUCUAGAAGGGUCAAGAGGCCGAAGCCCAUUGUCGCCUGAGUCACCUAACAGCAAGUCGAUGUUCAGCAACACCUCAGAGCCUUCCUCAAACAAGCGAAAACGAGUGUCGCAUGAGUGUCUCGUACCGAUGAGUAUCACUUGCCACCAAAAAACCAUGCUCCCUAUUCGCAAUGCUAGCAUCCUUCGGCGAUACUAUGAGAAGGCCUUCGAAGGCCUACAGCAGAUCAACUGUCGCAUCCUUGCCAAGGCAUACAUCAAACUUGUUGAGCCGCGGAAGCAGGUCAACUAUCCGUACAACGGACGCAAGAUCAUUUCUGGCACAUCUCAACAGUUUGAUCCCGAGCUCACCAAGCCAGCCUGGUGGCCAGCGGGCGUUACCCACAGAGAGCCUGAUCACCUUCUCAAGAACGGUAAGAGGACUGUUCAACGGAUUCACGAGAGGAAGCACGCUAAGCGAUGGGCAGAGCGAGUCAAGCUCCUGGUGCAUAUUCUGUGCGAGUUGCGCGAAAGCCACGCUAUCUGCGUCGAGAAACUCAAAGAAGCGGAUCAAUCUGUGCGUCGACAGAUUCAACCCGUCGAACGGUUAGCUAUACUGGAUGAGAUCUACCAUGUCCGCGGAGAGCAAGAACGGUACCUGGAAGGCAGAACAGACGGGCCCAUGGUUGUGUGUGUAUCGCGCGUCCACCUUCCCGAGCAGCUCGCGGAUAGCCAAGCGAUGGGCUCCCCGACCAGCUCAUCCAUGAAGGACAGCGUGAAUCCGGUGUACCGGAAAGAGAUCCCCGACCUGGAAUCGCACACCUCCGUCUUCGACUCCUGCAGCAGCUCCGCGGUCACCCCGAAGAGCAGCACCGGGACUAUUUCCACCAAACCCCUCGAGCCCUGCAAAGGGCCAACCAUCCAGGUCUCGUGGGACAGCAGCGCCCCAACUUCUUCAUACGCACCUAUCGGCGGCAGCAGCGCCUCCCGACGGUCACGCGAGGGCGAAAGCACAGCCGGCUACUCCCUUGACCUGACCAGCAGCUCCAUGUACCACCACGAGCCAUCGACCCUCGAAACCACCUCACUCCCUCUCCGAUACUACCCUCACAGCCAAGCGCAGCAGACGCUGCCUGUGAUCGGACUCUCGAAUACCGAUCUCGGAGGCUGCCCGAACCCGUAUUAUUUCAAUUAUUGAACCUCCAAAAACAUCAACUUUAAGCGCUAACGCAUUUCCUUUGUUGUGUGCCAUCAAACGCGUGGAAAAGAAUUUUCCAAAAAAAGCCUGGGUCUCGCUCCCACCGGGUGGUUGAGAGGGGUCGCUUCACUAACUUUAGUUUCUAAUAUUGAAUGAACUUCAUCAUAUAGAGCGGGGGAAAGGGAGGGGGAGGAAAGCAUAACGGGCAUUUUCAUUUGUACUUACCUCUUUCUUUUGUUUUUUCUCCUUUUCCUUUUUCUCUCUUUUGGGUUAUGUUGUGCAUUUCGGGUCGCAACGGCAUAGAAAAUCGCUAGAGGACCGGUUGUAUAGAAUUUCGAGGGGACCCAAAAGGGUUUUGGUGGGGGGAUCGGGAGAGUCAGGCACUGUAC